AUGGACGUCGAUGAAGCGCUUGUGGCCCUGAAUGCGCCCCCAUACGACGACGACGACCCCUUGGCAUGUUACCAUGCUGAGAUCAACAGCAAGACACUCGUAGCCCUUCGCAUUUGGGAGCACCUCCUCGAUGAAGCUCCGAGGGACGAGAUCGCAGGAACGAUACUUCGCAAGAUAUUCAAUGAAGUUUCAGGAUAUCCGGGCUCCUUGAUUUCCCCAUCCCUCCUUUACGGCUUCAGAAUGCAAAUGAUACCUGAGCGGUCCCGCUCUGAACUUGUCAAAAUGUUGUAUCAAGCAUGGCGGGCCGAGGAUUCUCAAAGACUUGGAAAUUUGGGUCUUGUUUCUCCAACCUCCGACAAAGGAAUCAUCCUCACUUACUGUAUAUUGUAA